GAUUUCGCCGCUUCUGGUGACCAGUAAUAAAAAAUUCAUGCCGGCACCGAUUUCCGUCUCGCGCACUUGCGGGGGUAGUCGCCUAUAAGAAGCCUCAUGCCAGCGGCAAUGUCACACUUGCUUACAGCAAUCAAUCCAACAGAAGCACAAUGGCUCUCAGACUGGUCGCAUUCCUCGCGUUGGUGGCAGCUUCCCGUGCCGGUGUUCCAUUCGGUUACGCAGCUGCCCCCGCGCCCGUCGCAGUGGCCCCCGCGCUCGCCCCGGUCGACGCCGUGCCCCAGUACUCGUUUGGGUACUCGGUGAGCGACGCCCUGACCGGUGACAACAAGCUGCAGCACGAGACCCGCCACGGAGACAUCGUGCAGGGCGCCUACUCCCUCGUUGAGCCCGACGGCACCGUGCGCACCGUCAACUACAUCGCCGACCCCAUCAACGGAUUCAACGCCCACGUCAGCAGGCAGCCCGCCGUGGUCAAGGCCGCCGUGCCCGCUGUGCCCGCAGCCCCCGUGCUGCCCGCUCCACUCGUGAGGGCUCCGCUGGCCGCCCCUGCCCCCGUGUUCGCCGGCCCUGCCGUUGCUCCCGCUGUGGCUCCUGCUCCGUUCGCUCCGUACGCUGCGUACCCAGGAUAUGGCGCGCCAGUCGCCAGGUUCAUUGGUUGAUUGAUUGCCAUUUUUUGUUACUAACAGUAGACGUAGGUUUUUGUUUUUAUAAUUUAUGCGCACAAUGUGAUCAAAUAAGUGGAAAAUAAAUUGGAUUUUAUAUAAUAAA